UUCAGGGAUAGAAUGGGUGACCAAGAGAUGGAUCCGAUGACUACGGACGAAGGAGACGUGAGUAUGAGCGGAGUUGCGCAUCGCAUCGUCUGACGAGUUCCAGGACUCAAUUGUGCGAUUCUCCCCAUGUCUCUUCCUCGUCAACAUGCCGGGAUCCACAGACCAUGCGUCAGGAUCCUGGCUCACUUCUUGGGCCCUCUUAACAGCCACAUCCCUUCGAAUUACAUUCUGCCCAAUAUUUCAAGAUCCUUACAGUCAGGGCUCACCUCGGCGAAUGCUAGAUCCGCACACCUCGAUCCCUUUCCAAAUGAUCCCGGCCCCCGAUCCAUCUCAGAAAUGGGACUUUGAACUCGACAUGGCAGAUUGCGUGGAAGUCAGAAGUCUGCGAAGGGAAGAGAUAGGAGGGCGGAACGUGCCGGUGCCCCCAGAUGGCGUCGGGACGGAAGUAUUGGAGAUGGUAUGCUCAGAUGGCAAGAAGCAGUAUAUCGGAGUGGAGGGCGUUGGCGGCAGAAUCAGCUGGAUCAGUGCGAUCUGGGAUGUGCUUCUUGCUUGCAAGCCCGAAGGGCAGCCACUGAUACCCCCACCAUCGCCGACAAAAUCCAGUCACCACCAGGUCCAGCAGCAAAGAGACGUCUUUGGCGGCUCCCCCGGAUCCAAUCAGCGACCCAUUGAUGAACCCUCUCCUUUCCGGCCAUAUUCGGACCACGUUCCGAAGCAGUCAUCUCCUUUAAGACCUUUCGAGCGUCGAGAAUCGGACGAGGGCCCGGUAGGCCAUGGCGCCCUGCCGCCCGUGCAGAAGAUUGGGGAUCGAUGGGUUGCAUCAAGCGGCGUAGGGGUCGGUGCAAGUGAUCUGUCAGAAGACCCACCUCCAUCGCGACAUUUGCCGGACCCGCUGAAGACAGCUGUCAAACAAAUGUUUGAAAGUCCGCCUCCCAACGAGGUCGGAUCUGGGACCGGGAACGAGCGCAAACAGCUUUACAUGGCCACAGCCACCGGCAUACAAGAGUAUGAUGACGAAUCUGAUGGUGGAGAUCAGACGAUCAUUCCACCGCGCAUAAGAUCACCUUCGAUCAAUGGAGCUCCAAUACGAUUUGACUCAGCGGCUACGAUUGGCGUAGGGAACAAGCAAAGUCGUGAUGCGACGGAGAGAAUCCUAGCUUGGCAGCCGGCGACGGAGAGGGAGUUGUCCAUUUUCGCUCGAAGUCCCUCAAGAAACAACGGAAGAAAUGGCAAGCAGCUCGGACUUGGGUUAUCAUUGAACGAUGAUGAAAAGACUGCCGGGGACGAAGUGGCGCAGAUCAUGGCGGAUUUGGUUUUACACAACAUUUCCGCCCCUGCUAGCCCACACGUAGGUACCGAUGCAGGCUCGGUACUCGGUCAAGAACCGCUAUCUGAGGAUGUCAAGAAACAAAUCGUUGAGGUAUUGGCGCUCGUUAAGGAGCUGAAAGAAGCUCGAACUUUGCAAACUCAACAAACGACUGAUAUAGCGAGAUAUCUCAACGAGCUGAAUACGUGGCUUGAGAAGUUUGUGCAAAACUCCGCUGUGGAGCUCUCUUCCAUGUCAAAUCGCCUCGAUACGCUCGUCGGCUCCAAGGACGAUGCCAACGAUCCCAAUGCUCCCUCAAAGACCUCUUUACCCGAUCUCGUGUCUGAGAUACACAACAUGCUGGCGGAUCAACGAAAGCGGAACGAAGAGGAGGGACCGGUCGGCCAACGUCUGGAUGGUCUCUUGACUAUGAUGGGUCAAGAACGGGAAAGACAAGCCGGUCAACAAGGCAUGGUGGAGGAAGUUUUGACGAUUUUGGCGAGACAACGGAACGAUAACGAAAUGUUGUUGAGGGCUUUGGCGAAUGACCUCACGAGCGAGAUUCGUGGGGAAAGGAUACGGUUCGUCGAAGCGAUGCAGCAAGCUACGACGAUGAAUGUGACACGCCACGUCGAGGAAUUCAAAAAGACGUUAUCCGCCGAGGUCCAGAAAUCAAUCAAGGAGCUCACAAGGGUCAAAGAAGAAAAGAGGGCGUUGGAAAGUCAGAUCGCGGACCUGUUCGCCCUCAAAGCUAAAUUUGGCGGGAACAGCCGAAGGGGAUCUGUCGAACCUUCUGCGGCAGGUCAAGUCAAUAUUAUCCAGGCUAUGGCCGCCGCUGCCAAUCCUUACAACGGAGGUAUGGGUAUGGCAGGCAUGCCAGCGAUGGCCGGUCAGGGUGGCAGAGUUUUACCUGCACCACCGGGUUGAACAAGAUCAUCGUUGCAUAACUGGACAUUUGGGAGCCAAGAAAAGGUUAUCAAUUCCUACAAGACGUAACAUUCACUAUUUAUAAUGACA